CUUAUUCGCUAUCCAUACCUCAGAGCUCUGAGCAGCAAAUAUACAAAGUUGUUGCGCUUCUCUAGUCAUUGACAAAGUCGCAAAACAAUAAGAACGAGGCGAUCUUAAAUAUUAACCAAAGAGAGUUCGCCCUAGGUCUUCUCUCCCGGGCACGAUCUCCGAGGAAGCCGCCCCUCCAUGCUCCAAGACAAGAUGGACCUCCGCCGCCGCUGCUCCGCCGCUCAAUUAUCCUCUUCCUUCUGAAGCCGCUCUGCUCUUCCUUCUCGGGUCAGAUCCUCGUCGUUCGUCGGAACCCGUUGUCGCCUGCGAGUAGUCUUUGGCUAGUAAUUCAGCUCUGAUGGUUGCUUCGUUCUCAACUCUCCCGUCGUCGAGCUCCUCCGUUUGGACUGUGAACACCGCUCACCUCCGGAUGCUGUUCUUUCGGGUAUCGCUGGAUCCUCCCAAGCCUCCGGUGCCUCCAGAUCCGGUACCUCCAGAGCCUCCUCCUCGUUGUUGUAGCGAUUUUCCAUCGUCUCCCUCAUGGUAUUCCUUGUUUGUUGGAUCCUCCAUCUCCUUUCCCUCGUCAUUGAGGCUUAUUAUAAAUUAUAUGCAAGUGUUUUCUAUGAUAAACCUUCUAGAUCCGUGUGUCUUCCGGUGACACUUCUAUCGCCAUAGUGCGACCUAUUACUGCAGUAUGCAGCCUUUUUCCUGAAGCUAUUAGGUUUUCCUAUGGCUCCUAUGCCUCCUUUAGUUCCUUCUUUCAUGUCUAUAUGAUUUGUAGGUUCUCUAAAGUUGAGAUGGGUAAAUGUUCAGCUAACUCAUGGAGUUGGAAUUGUGAUUCUCGCUUGUUCACAAUUGCUUUUGGUCUUCACAAGGAUACUAAUUGUAUGCUUUGUUUGUGGUUGUGCUUUGUUUGCCAUUGUUACUCCUUUAUGGAGAUCUAUGUUCUAUCAAGUUCCCCUGUUGUUGGGAAAUCUUUAUUUGCAGGGAAUGAAAGCUUCUUUGGUGUUUGUGGAUUUGCUGUUGCAUCUUGUUUGGACAUGCUAUCUUCUAAAACCCUUGAAGUUCCCUUGCGAGACAUUUCUGUCGCUUAUCGUUCUAGCACCUACACGUUGGUAGCAGAAGAUAUUGUAGCGAAGACUGCCUUAUCAUUGAAUAACGCCCUCUUGUUGGCGUGGAAUGAAGACUCUUUGGUUUUGCAAUUGUUCAUGGACUCCCAGUUCAGUGUAAAAUCUUUCAAGUUACUCGAAGUCACCGUUGAGCUAGGGAGAAUUCUGCUUGUUUUAAGCUUCCUUCACCUCCGGUUUAUCCCCUUGUUUUUUGCAUUAUUCUCUUAUAAUGCGUUUGUAUUUGCAGUUCUUUCUGUUUUUAGUGAUGUGUUUUACUCUUGUAAUGGAGACUAAAUCAUUUCUAUAUCUAUG